GAGGAAAUGAAGUUGAGGUCGAAUUUAAUCUCUCAAACGUAAAGGUUCUAUGCGGAUUGCGUCCAACAUCAACAUCAAAAGCACUAGCACUUUGUACAUGUGCGAUAAUACAAUAUUGCCUGUGGCGACUAAAAUAUGCGCUGUUGACAAACUACUUGCGACUGGGUUACAUUGUACGGAAGCUCUUUGUGUAGCGCCUGUUCAACGUACACAUUACACUGUUGCACUAUCGACUAUGCGCGACAGCCGCUACAUUGUUUAAUGACAAUAAAACCUUUGGUUGAGGACUCACGCACGAACAAUACAACAAACGGGUCAGAAGGCAACUUCUGUAUUAUCGAACUGAUUUUAAUGACACUCAGCUUGAAGUGGUGCCUUAUGAUGAGAAUAUAAUUCCUGAAGUCGGGGCUUCAGCAAUAUAAUAAGUCACAUGGCAACAUACAGGGCACAUGGAGUCUUGAGUCUUUUUCAGCGUCGAAUUUUUUAGUUUCAUGGCUUAAUUGCACGAUUUUUUGUGUACUCAAAGCUGUGUAUCAGGUAAGACACUAAAAAUUGCAUCUAUAGCUGCGUUUUGAGCGUUUAGAUAACAUAGGGUGUAUACCACAGCGAUAAUUGCAAAGAAUAGUUUUAAACUUCGUGUACCUUCAUGAAAUUCUGUUUGCUGCUACAUCUUUCGUAUGUUCUUACGCCUAGAAGUACCAUCGAGAAGUACCGUCGUCUUUCGCUAUACCUGAAGCAGUCUUUAGCUUGUUUACGAUUUCAAUGAAAGCUGGGAAGAGUGGAUCGUUCCAGUCGAGAGGAGACUUGUUGACGCGAUGCUCAGCAUUAUGUUGUUGCCAUAGAGUUGCCGAGCACCGAAAGCUUUAAUUCAAACCUACGCUCAGAAAAUGGGUGCCGAUUCGAGUUUAUAUCGGCGAAAUUUAUUAUGGUGGACGUACACAUUACACUAUUCGGAG